CGGGAUGUUGACUGCAGACUUUUACCCACUGAUAAGGAUAUUUCCACGAAAUUUCGCCUCCAAGCAUCCAGAAAACGUGUGAAAAUGGUUUAUUUGAAUUUAAAGAUUGGAAACGGAAGCUACCAUCCAUUGGAGUUACAGGACGAAUUUCUUCCAGAAAGAUGGGUUUGGGCAAAGUCAAUCAAGGAACAUAUGCUUUCUUUGCCCGAAAAUUACGAUGUUUUAUCACUGGGAUUGUUAAAGUAUCGGGUGACAAGUCUGGACGUGCAUUUGGCGGAUAAACCAACAGGAUGUGUAGCGAGUUUGAACUCAUACAGCCAAAACAUGGCUAUUGGGAAAAUGCUGUUAGAAUAUGUAACCGUUAAGACAAAAAACUCUAGUGAUUUACAGUCACAAGUAGUCUGUGUGGGAGUGAUAAAGGUCAGAAAGGGUGAAGAUAGGAAACAUCUUGAGUAUCAGUGCUGUGGAAUAUCGCCUAACAAUCUUGAAUCUCAUCAGGUCCUGUGUGAUAAAACUGUUAGCAGAAGCCACUGGGCAGAGCUGCUCGAUACCAUUCUUACUCUCAUUGCUAUUUUCUUUGUCCUUUUUUUUCCGGCGUUUCCAUUGGCGCUGCCAGAUUAUAUAUUUAGCCUUCAGCGAGAGUGUGACAAGGCCGAAUAUCGCCCUACGGAAGACACAGGUCCACACGCUGAUCGUUUGCAUCACACGAGAAAUGGAUACGUUGAAAUCAAUCAGGAUGAUGAGGAGGACGAUGGAAUUGCCGUGGAUGAUGCCACUCCGUUGACUAUUUCAACUCUUUUAUUUCAAGUUGUUCAACGACUGCCCGACUCGAGGUUCUCGUUCAACCUUAAGUUAGCUUUUAUGCUCGUCUUUCUUUGUCCACUUUCUAUCUACGUUCAGUUGGGGCUCACUUUAGCGAUAAACAAAAGACACAUGGAUGAAACCUUAAGGAAAGAAAUAGAACGUGGUUUAUCUAAUACCGUCUUUUUCAUUGCCUAUUCAAUCUGUGUCUCUUUUCCUUGCUUUUUUUUAAGACCGAAAGAUUUAUUACUAUCAGAUCAGAUUACAAGGCGUUGUUUAUGCGGUAGAUUAUCUAAGCUGCUUCGGUUUCCUUUACUAGAUAUCGAACGAAGCUCAGUGGGAGAUGAAAUACGUGUUCAUUUGAACUUACUGAAAUAUGGAGUCUACAAUUUGGUGCCGAUUUUUACAAAUUGGUGUCUACGUAGGUUAAACACGCUGUUUAGUACCAUCACGUGUUCGACAACAAUGAGUAAUCAUAAAAUUUCCCGAAUGAGGAGUGCACUUUGUGCUGCCUGGGUCAUAUUUUCUUUUUUUCUUACACUACUUUUGGCCAUUUUUGGUGAAGUAUUCUUCAUCUUCCUCUGUCUUGUUAUGCAGGUUUGCUUUCUAGGUAUUUUCUCACCUUUCUAUACCCUUUUUCUCAUUUUUUUUUUAAAGACAUAUCGAGUGACCAGAGCUUUUUGCGAAUACCGUGUUUUGAUUAGGGUAACUGGAGUUUUUACAAUUGUGCUAUUGUUAAUGUGCUCUUAUGUAAUUUUACUUUUUACCAUAACUUUUUUGACCUCUUCUUGUGGAUUUUUUACCAAUACUGUAGCGUAUACUACCAUAGGAAUCGCCCUAAACGCAGAUAAUGUAACGCCAUAUGCAGCUUUCGUCCUUGUAAUUAUUACAAACAUUUAUCUCUGUUACGCUAAUUUUCAGAACAGGUACAAAGAGGUCAAGGGGAUGAUAUUAACAUGUCGAUGGGAAUUACAUAAGAAUACCGGAAGUUUUUAUUCCAACGACACAAUUCCGACCAGGCUUUAUUGGUUUGUGUGCGGCAGAGUUUUGCCAGUUAAAUCUGAAAUUUGUCGCAUGCUUCGCAAUAUGAUUUUGAUUUUGAUAUUUUUGUUUUUAGUGGUAUAUUCAAUUGCUUUUUACGGAAGUGAAAAUAACGUUUCCGCUUCUUUCUCCGUCAUCGCCGUAGUUCUCACUGGGGUUCUUCCAGCAUUGCUAUUAAAACUUUUAACUGAGGGAAAAUCAUUCAAAGGCUUGGAAAGAGUAAACUUGGAAAGAAAAAUUCACUCUGCAGUGGAACAGUUUUACCCAGAGUCA